CAAAAAAAAAGUUUUAACCUACAACACAAAUGGCAUCCAACAACCUACCUUUAAAUCCACCAUUCACUUUCACUGGUGAAAAUUACCAAAUCGGGUCUGUGAAGAUGCAAGCUUUUUUGGAAGCCUAUGAACUUUGGGAAACUGUGACGGAAGAUAAACCACUUGCUGCUCUACCAGCAAAUCCUACCUUGGCUCAGAUCAAAUCCAACAACGAAGAGAAGGCAAAGAAAUCUAAAGCCAAGUCGCUUACGCAGAAUGCUGUGGCAGAUACUGUGUUUUACGGAAUCAUGGCUUGCAAAACUGCAAAAGAGGCUUGGGAUAGGUUGAAAGAAGAAUAUCAAGGCAGCGAUAAAACACGUCAAAUGCAAGUGUUGAACCUAAAAAGAGAGUUUGAGUCCUUGAGUAUGCAGGAGGAUGAAACUAUCAGUAAGUAUGUUGAUCGAAUAUCCUUAAUUGUUAAUAACAUUAGACUUUUUGGUGAAGAAUUUACAGACAAACGAAUUGUGGAGAAAGUUCUUGUGACUCUUCCUGAGAGAUUUGAAUCUAAGAUUUCCUCUCUUGAAGAAUCCAAGGACCUGAGCAAACUUUCAUUAGGUGAACUAAUGAGUGCUCUUCAAGCUCAAGAGCAAAGGAGGACUAUGAGACGGGAAAAGUUCAUUGAAGGAGCUUUCUCUGUACAAAAGCAAAAAGGAAAGCAACAAUUCCACCAAAAGAAUAAGAGCAAGCAUGAUUGAGGAAACAAUAGUGGAGAUGUGAAGCAGAAGUUCCCUCCUUGCAAACAUUGUAAAAGAAAUACACAUCUGGAGAAGUAUUGUUGGUGGAGAGUCGAUGCUAUAUGUGGCAACUGUAAGCAGACGGGACACGUAUCCAAGGUUUGCAAAUCAAGAGCAAAGGCCUCUGGUGCUUUGCAAGCACAAGUAGCAGAAGCUGACGAUGCACAUGAAGAGCAACUAUUUGCAGUUUCAUACUUUUCAAUCAGUGAAUCCUCUGAUUCAUGGCUUCUUGACAGUGGUUGCACAUAUCACUUGUGCAACAAUGUUGAACUGUUCAAAUUCCUAGAUGAUACUUACAAAUCUAAAGUAAAAGUGGGAAACAGUGAGGCACUAGAAGUCAAAGGCAGAGGUACAGUGUCUAUCUCAACAAUAUCAGGGAAAGCAAACAAAAUUGCCAUUUCAAGCAAAUCAAGUACGAAGAGCUAACCAGAAACUUCAGCUCAUUCAUAUGGAUGUUUGCGGCCCAAUGAAAACAGAUUCGUUGAGUGGUAACAGAUACUUUCUCCUCUUUAUUGAUGACUACAACAGAAUGUGUUGGGUUUAUUUCAUAAGACUGAAGAGUGAAGUCUUUGAUGUUUUUAAACAAUUUAAAGCUUUAGUAGAAAAUCAAUGUAAUCUUAGUAUUAAGGCUUUAAGGUCUGACAAUGGAGGAGAAUACACUUCUUCUCAAUUUGUGGAGUUCUGUAAUAGCACAGGUAUUGAACGCCAAUUGACAUUACCAUACACUCCACAACUAAAUGGCGUGUGAGAAAGGAAGAACAGGACAGUAAUGGAGAUGGCCAUAUGUCUUUUGCUCGAAAGAAAGAUCCCAAAUCAGUUUUGGGCUGAGGCAGUCAAUAUCUCUGUAUAUUUGCUGAACAGAUUGCCUACUAAGGCCUUGCAGGACAUGACUCCAUAUGAAGCUUGGUGUGGGAACAAACCAUCAAUACACCAUCUCAGAAUCUUUGGGUGUAUAUGUUAUUAUCGAGUUCCAGAAACAAAAAGGAGUAAGCUGGAUAACAAGGCUCAUAAAGGCAUAUUUAUGGGCUAUAGUUCAUCCAAAGGUUACAGAAUUUUCUGUUUGAAAUCAGACAAACUAAUUCUCAGCCGAGAAGUGAAGUUUGAUGAAGCAGCUGGUUGGGAUUGGAAAAAUCAGAAGACCUCUUAUUCUGAUUCAUUUUCAAUAGAGCAGCCUCAACUUUCAGAAGAUGAACUAGUGGAUGAUGUACCAGUGAGGGGAACUCGAUCCUUAAAAGAUGUCUAUCAGCGGUGUAACUUGGUUAGCUCUGAACCAACAAGCUAUGCUGAAGCACAAGACUCUCAGGCAUGGAGAAGAGCUAUGCAAGAAGAACUAGACAUGAUCGAGAAGAAUGGAACCUGACAGCUUGUUGACAGACCUAAGAAUCGCAAGGUAAUUGGUGUAAAAUGGAUUUUCAAGACAAAACUCAAUCCUGAUGGAACAAUUUGCAAACAUAAGGCUAGAUUGGUGGUGAAGGGAUACGCACAACAAUACGGUGUGGAUUACCAGGAAACAUUUGCUCUUGUAGCAAGGUUUGCUUGCUCAACUCCUGGAAAAGAGGAUCAAGUUUAUCUCUUAACAAAGGCUUUGUAUGGCCUAAAACAAGCCCCAAGGGCAUGGUAUGAGAGGAUGGACAAUCAUCUCAUCCAACUUGGCUUUAGUAGAAGUCAA